GGCCGGGACAGGGACCGGAGCGAGGCAUGGAGGCCUGCCGGGGCCCCGGGCUGCUACUGCUUCUGCUACACUGCGCCGUGCUGGCCGGGCCCGUGGGAGGAGGAGACCCCGGCCUGACCACGGCUUUACCCCCUGGAUGUAAACAGGACGGCAGACCUCGAGGGGCCGGGAAGGCGGCGGCGGCGGCUGCCUCAGAUACGGGAAAAGUAGUAUGUACGAGCGUGGACCCCGGCAGGAUCUUCCCCCUCAGCCCCCUGCCCAACCGGACCAGCACCCUAAUUCUCAACAGUAAUAAGAUCACCGAACUGACCAACGGUUCCUUCGAGGGUCUGAGCUUUCUUGAAAGACUGGAUCUUCGAAAUAACCUGAUAAGUUCAAUCGAGCCUGGUGCGUUUGUAGGACUUGGAUCUCUAAAAAGGCUAGACCUUGCAAACAACAGAGUGGGAUGCCUGAGUACGGACACCUUCAAGGGGCUGACUAACCUUGUCCGACUAAAUCUUUCAGGAAAUUUAUUUUCCUCGUUGCCACAAGGGACAUUCGCUAAUAUGGCUUCUUUAAAAUCAAUUGAGUUUCAGACGGAUUAUCUCCUGUGUGACUGUAACCUUCUGUGGAUGUUACGUUGGACAAAGGAAAAAAAUAUCACCGCCCGGGACACGAAAUGUGCUUUCCCCAAGUCGCUGCAAGGGCAACUGAUUACAGCACUGAAACCGGAGCAACUCAGCUGUGAAUCUCCUCUCGAGCUGCCCUCGUUUUACAUGAGCCCGUCACAUCGUCAGGUUGUGUUCGAAGGCGACAGUCUUCCGUUCCAGUGCAUGGCGUCGUAUAUCGACCAGGACAUGCAGGUGCUGUGGUACCAAGAUGGAAAGAUCGUGGAAACGGAUGAAUCACAGGGUAUUUUCGUUGAGAAGAACAUGAUUCACAAUUGCUCCUUAAUCGCAAGUGCCCUUACGAUCUCCAACAUCCAAGCUGGUUCCACCGGAAACUGGGGGUGCCAGGUCCAAAGCAGGCGUGGAAACAACACGAGAACGGUGGAUAUCGUGGUGCUGGAGAGCUCCCCCAAGUACUGCCCUUCAGAAAGGCUCAUAAACAACAAAGGAGACUUCAGGUGGCCCAGAACAUUGGCAGGCAUUACCGCAUACCUACUGUGCACGCGAUAUUCUGUCGGCAGCGGCAUAUAUCCUGGCAAUCAGCAAGAUGACAUAAGAGCCUGGCGCAGAUGUGACAGAGGGGGCUUUUGGGCAGAGGAAGACUAUUCCCAAUGCCAGUAUGCAAAUGAUGUCACGCGGGUCCUAUUUAUGUUCAAUCAGAUGGCUCUUAAUGUCACAAACAUAGUAACUACAGCCAAACAGUUGCUAGCAUAUACCGUAGAAGCUGCCAAUUUCUCCGACAAGAUGGAUGUGAUCUUUGUCGCCGAAAUUAUCGAGAAUUUUGGCAAAUUUGUUGAAAAGCACAAAGAGCUGGGUGAUGUCAUCGUCGACAUAGCGAGCAACAUAAUGCUAGCCGACGAGCGCGUUUUAUGGAUGGCUCAGACGGAGGCUAAAGCUUGCACCCGUAUCGUGCUGUGCUUGCAGCGCAUUUCCACGUUCAGACUGGUAAACGGAGCGCAAGUCUAUUCCACUUAUUCCCCAAACAUUGCUUUAGAUGCAUACAUUAUCAAAUCGAACCUCUUCACCGGGAUGACUUGCACCGUGCUUCAGAAGGGGACUGCUGCGGAUCGCAUUAUACUCGCAGACUCCGGCAGACGAGAUCCAGAUGGCAACCAGGAUAAACAACUCGGCUUCAAAUGCAAUGUUUCAAACACAUUCAGUAGCUCGGCAUUUAAGAACACAGUCGUGGAGGCAUCUAUUCAGCUUCCUUCUGCGCUCUUCAUCCCAACGGAAAAGCGCGAUAGACGGGGAAUAGACGAAUCUGUGUACAGGCUGCAGCUUAUUGCUUUUCGGAACGGAAAGCUUUUUCCUGCUACGGGAAACUCCACACACCUUGCAGAUGCUGGCAAGAGGCGAUCAGUAGUCAGCCCCGUUAUCCUCGCCAAACUAGAUGGUCCAAACCGAAACAUUCCUAAUGUCCCUAUUAACGUUACACUACGGCGCAUCGCACAUGGCAAUGAUGCCGUGGCAGCUCAGUGGGAUUUUGAUCUGCUUGAUGGGCAUGGUGGAUGGACAUCAGAAGGCUGUGAUAUAAUUGCAUCAGAUGAAAACAUAACUACUAUCCAGUGCAACUCUCUCGGGAACUAUGCUGUGUUAAUGGACCUUACCGGAGCCGAGUUAUUCCAGCCGCCUGCAAACUACUUGCACCCGGUGGUUUAUGCUUCUGCGGUUGUGCUGCUUUUGUGCCUCGUGAUGUUUAUUGUCAGCUACAUUUACUAUCACAGCUUGGUGCGAGUUAGCCUUAAAACCUGGCACAUGCUGGUUAAUCUUGGUAUUCACAUAUUCCUAACAUGUGCAAUAUAUGUGGGGGGCAUAACUCAAACAAAGUACGCCAGUGUAUGCCAAGCGAUGGGAAUUCUCCUGCAUUACUCCACUCUCGCAACUGUCCUCUGGGUGGGUGUUACAGCGCGCAACAUAUAUAAGCAAGUGACAAAGAAAGCCAAGCGCCAGGACCCGGAUGAGAUGCCCCCCCCACCAAGACCAAUGCUCAGAUUUUAUCUCAUCGGUGGUGGGAUCCCAGUCAUCGUUUGUGGUAUAACAGCAGCAGCAAAUAUAAAAAACUAUGGAAAUCAACCAAAUGCACCAUACUGUUGGAUGGCUUGGGAACCCAGCUUGGGAGCUUUUUAUGGACCAGCCAGCUUCAUAGUUUUCAUCAAUUGUAUGUACUUCCUCAGCAUUUUCAUUCAGUUAAAACGACAUCCCGAUCGAGUAUUUGAACUCAAGGAACAAACAGAAGAGCAACAGCGGCUAGCGGCCAGCGAGAGCGGCGAGGGCAACCAGCCAGAUUCCCUUUCGGUGUCCUUGGUAUCAAAUUCAGCCUUGGAGAACGAGCAGACCUUUCAGGCACAGCUGCUCGGAGCCAGCCUCACGCUCUUCCUUUAUGUGUCUCUGUGGAUAUUUGGUGCUCUGGCAGUCUCUCUAAACUAUCCAAUGGACUUGGUGUUUAGCUGUUUCUUUGGUGUGACCAGUUUAAGCCUCGGUGCCUUCCUGGUUGUCCACCACUGCAUGAACAGGGAAGACUUGAGACGUGCUUUGAUAAAUACGUUUUGCAACGGCAGGAGCGCUUAUUUUGUUCAGGUUAACGUACAGCCGUCCAACUCGACUACGACUAGUAGUGAAGCUCCUAAAUGUACAAACAGCAGCGCCGAGUCUUCCUGCACAAACAAGAGUGCUUCUAGCGUUAAAAACUCGUCACAAGGAUGUAAGCUGACCAAUUUGCAAGCCGCCGCAGCACAGUGCAAUACGGCUCCUUUACCGUUAAACACGGCCCCUCAACUUGAUAAUAGCCUAACGGAGCAUUCAGUGGACAAUGAGAUAAAAAUGCAUGUUGCCCCUGUGGAAGUUCAGUAUCGGUCCAAUGGCCACCCCUCUAGACAUCACAAGAACCGAAGUAAAGGCCACCGGUCGAGUAGACUUACGGUCCUUCGAGAAUAUGCCUACGACGUCCCCACAAGCGUGGAAGGAAGUGUUCAAAGUGCAGCGCCAAAGAGUCGCCAAAGUCACGGCGAGGGGCAUUCUCGGAGCAGGAGAGCGUACUUGGCUUACAGAGAGCGCCAUUUCAACCAGUGCCAUCAAGACAGUAGCGAUGCCGGGAGUACUCUUCCCAGAUACAGCAGAAACCUGGAAAAGGUAACAUUUAAUAACAACAAAAAAGACAUUUUGAGAGAACCAAUCGGUGUUGAGCUUGAAAGCCAACAAAAAUCAUACGGUUUAAAUUUAGCCGUUCAAAAUGAGCCUGCCAAAGACGAUAUUACAGCGGAACCACCUAAAAACGCGGACAACAAUGGAAAUGUACGUACUGGACUAUGGAAGCAUGAAACUACUGUGUAGUAUCUCUCAUUCAGUAUGAGAAUUUCCUAAGAACUCAUUCAUAUAAAGACUUGUUGAAUAAAAUGUUUACAACAUUUUUUUAAUGCUAUUUUUGGGAGAAUACAAACUAUGAAGAAGAUUUGCUGUUUUAAAUCACUUUUUUUUUUGAAGAUGACAAUCUGUGUGUGAUGUUUUUUAUUUUUUUAAAUACUUUUUAAGAAAAGCAAGAAAAAUUAGUUUUUUGUAUUUUUUGAUAUAUAAUGAAUGCCUUGUUUCCAAACUAUUUUGUAUUUAAAAUUGUAAUAAAUUGCUUUUUUUUUUCUACAGCCACAAAA